GAGCCAGCAGCAGAGACGCCCGAGUCUCGCCUUCCUUGCUCCUAUCUCUCUGGCUCCUCUCCGCCCCGUCGAGGCUCUCUCCGUCCAUGGCUCUGCCCCGCAAGCCGCGCUGGCUCUUCUCCUGCCUGGCCCUCUUCGCCGCCGGCCUUUUGCUGGAGGGGCGCGGAGGGGGCGCGGUCCCGCUCCCGGGCAACGACGGGGCCGCCCCCAUGGCCAAGGUCUACCCGCGGGGGAGCCACUGGGCCGUCGGCCACUUCAUGGGGAAAAAGAGCACAGGGGAUUUUCCUUACAUAUACGAAGAACGGAAUGAGUCCCCCUUCUCUUCACUGUCCGAUAACAUCAAGCAGCUGGGAGACUAUUUGCAAUGGGAGGAGACAUUCAAGCAGUUCCUCAAGCUCCUAGAUGGGAAUGAAAAUCGAAGCUCUCAGGUCCUCAGGGAAGAAUUGCCAUUUUCUGCCAAAAACGCUUGGGAGGCAGAGGACAACAGCAGUCUCAAAGACGGCCAGUGGUGACCAGUGAUGCCAGUGUUCAUGGGAUGAUGAUGGAUUAUCUUCUGCAAGCACUGGAUAGAAAAGAAACUUCUCCUAGUUGAAGCUGCUGUCACCUGGAACUGAAGGCAUAGACUAAUAUCCUUAAGAGACUAUGUUUUCAUUAGCAUUUUGUUGUAUAUGAUAACGGAUGAAUUUCCUUUUGUGUUAAGCGAGAUUUACUUUCCGUGUAAAAUAUCCUGUUCCCUUGUAUUUCUAACACCGAUGAUUUACACUCCCCAGCGGCUUCCUCCCUUGCAAGCAGCAUUUGAUUCUUUUUAACUGCUUUGUUGUACAUAAUUGUCGAUGAAGGGUCUUCCAAUUCUAUGAUGGUACUUUGCGCUCUCUCUUUCUCUCUCUCUCCAUCCAGUCACUUCAUCUUUUAUGUUACACAAUCAAGCAAGAUUCACAAUAAAUAACUCUCUCUCUCU